UCACCCCUGCCCCCUCGCCCCGGCGCCCGGACUCCACGCCCCUCCUUUUUGGCCAGUCUCGGACUGCAACUCCCAUAAUGCUCUGUGCCCAAGGGUCCCUUUGACCAGGGAGCCGGAUGGCCCAGGGUGUUAUGGGAGUUGUAGUUUGAAGCUUCUCAGGUGGUUGGGUUGGGGGUGGGGUCCCUUCUCUACCCCCCAAACUGGGGGACCCCACACCCCCAUCACCUCACCCCUGGCUUGAAUGAAUUCCAAAGAAGAUCGAGGGAAAGAAGAGACACACUGGAGUCAGAAGCACUGAGAAUUUGAAAUACGCUCCCACGGACAGCCUCAUCACCCCAUAUUUGGGAACCCGCGUGAAUGCCCCAGUGAGCCCAGAGCAGCCUGUCGGGCAGGACAUGGCUGGGAGCCACCGGCUGGAAGGUUCCAGGCGGCUUGACUCUGUUCCCCGCACGUGGCCCUGCCCCACUGGGCGGUGCCCUGGGCCUCUCCCGAGGGAGGCGUGGGCCAGGCCGGGAGAACCGGCUGCUGCCCCUCCCCUUGGCGGAGGUAGGCACGGCUGGGCCCCGGGUGGCAGAGCUUCGAGGCUCAGCGCGGGCACACACCUGGCCUCCCGGCGCCACCAUGGAGAACCUGACCAAGGACGUAUGGGAGACCUUCGGGAAGUCGGAAGUCAGGCAGCAGCUGUCUGGCGAGUAUUUCCGGUACAAGGGGGUCCUCUUCCCCAUGGGUUUGUACUCACCCGAGAGCAUCAACUUUGUCGAGAAUGAGCUGGACGUGCGGGACGAUGAUAUCUUCAUCCUCACCUACCCCAAGUCAGGCACCCACUGGAUGAUCGAGAUCCUCAGCUUGAUCCUGAAAGAUGGGGACCCUUCCUGGAUCCGCUCUGUGCCCAUCUGGGAUCGGGCCCCCUGGUGUGAGGUUAUCCAGAUGAUGUCCAAGUGCCACAACCUCCCCUCCCCACGCCUCCUGAGCUCCCACCUCCCCAUCCAGCUCUUCACAAAGGCCUUCUUCAAGUCCAAGGCUAAGGCAAUCUACGUGGGCAGGAACCCCCGGGACGUGCUGGUUUCUCUCUACCAUUACUACAAGAUUGCUGGGCACUUGAAGGACCCAGGCAGCCCGGACCAGUUUCUGCAGAACUUCCUCAAAGGCGAAGUGCAGUUCGGCUCCUGGUUCGACCACAUUAAAGGCUGGAUUCGGAUGCGGGGCAAAGAGAACUUCCUGUUCAUCACCUAUGAGGAGCUGAAACAGGACCUCCACGGCUCGGUGCGGCGCAUCUGCCAAUUCCUGGAGCGGCCGCUGAGUGAGGAGGUGCUGAACUCCGUGGUGACACACUCGGCCUUCGGGGCCAUGAAGGCCAACAGAAUGUCCAACUACUCCCUACUGCCCCCCAGCCUGCUGGACCAGACGCACGGGAACUUCCUGCGGAAAGGAGUCUGCGGCGACUGGAAGAACCACUUCACCGUGGCUCAGAGCGAAGCUUUCGACCGCAUCUACCGCGAGCAGAUGCGGGGGCUGCCCCGCUUCCCCUGGGACGGAGCCCCCGACGACGGCAGCCCAGACCCCGACCCCAGCUCCGACCCCAGCCCGGGCCAAGAUCCCGAGCCCCCACACCUGUGA